UUUCUUUUGUAUGACCCGCGAAGUGGUAAUAUGUCCACUUCCUUUUGGUUUUCCCCACUAUACUCUCUUUCUUUUGUAUGACCCGCGACAGCGCCGAUCCUUUUGGUUUUCCCCCACUAUCUCACUUUUGUCUGACCCCCGACACUGCCGUUGUGUCCACUCCCUUUUGAUUUUUUGCCGCGCGACUCCCGACCUGCCCUCUUCCUUUUGGUUUUGUCGGACCCCUCCUCCCCCGCGACAGUGA